AUGUCCGCCAUACCUGUACCACCCCCGCUUCCUUUGCACGAUGAGGACCUUGCUGCGGCCGAGUCCAAAGCUGUCAAUGCUAGGGAACAUGACCUCACCUCGUCUGAGAGAGAUGAAGAUAGCAUCGAUCUAAAGAAAGAAAUCUAUGACACCAGUGCCAUUGACCCCGUUCUGGCGAAGAAGAUGGCAUUGACCAAUAAUGCCAUCGAUGAGAUUGGUAUGACGCCCUGGCAAUGGAAGCUCUUUUGUCUCAAUGGAUUUGGGUACGCGGUGGACUCUUUACUCAUAGUCUGCCAGUCGAUUGCGCAACCAGCCGUGGCCCAAGAAUUUGGAAAUCCGAGCAAGCACAUUGCUGGCGUUGCCCUGGCUUCCCAGAUUGGACUCCUGGUGGGCGCCGCUGUUUGGGGCUUCAGUGCUGAUAUUAUUGGCCGUCGGACAGCAUUCAACAGCAGUCUAUUCAUUUGUGCAGCAUUCGUCCUGAUUGCCGGGGCGAUGCCGAACUACAUAUCUUUCUGUGCUAUGGUUGCCAUUUACUCGGCCGGUGCGGGCGGAAACUACAUCCUCGAUGCGACCAAUCUGAUCGAAUUCCUGCCUGCCAGCCACUACUGGCUCGUCACUUUCAUGGCCGUAUGGUGGGCAGUCGGGUACAUGAUCACCGGGUUCCUCGCCUGGGCAUUCAUGAGCAACUACUCCUGCGCCCCUGACGCCACCGUUGCAGAGUGUACAUGGUCUGCUAACUGGGGUUGGCGCUAUCUCCACUUCACCUGCGGCGCUCUUGUCCUCGUCGCUGCCACGCUUCGUGUCCUGGUAAUUCGCAUGCCCCAAACCCCCAAAUGGCUGAUAUCGCAGAACCGCGACGCCGAAGUCAUCGCCAACCUUGCCACCGUCGCGCAGAAAUAUAAUCGAUCUUUCUCCCUAACGGUGGAAAGGCUGGACAGAAUCGGCCGUGUCCUUCACACCGAGAAGAGCGUUGUCUCCGCCUUGCGUUUACGACAGCAUUUCUCACAGCUCUUCGGCACCAAAAGGCUUGCCUAUUCGACGGUCAUGAUCAUCGCUAAUUGGACCGUCAUUGGCACGGUCAGCCCGCUCUUCUCAGUCUUCCUCCCCUACUACUUGAAAUCCCGAGGAGCAGAUGUCGGGUCCAACAGCAAUUACACGGUCUGGCGCAAUUAUGCACUCAACCAGUUCGCCGGCAUCUUCGGUCCACUCAUUGCCGCUGCUCUUGUCGAGGCGCGCUACUUCGGACGGCGCGGCACGUUGGCUGUUGGCGCAGCCAUCACGACGGCGUUGCAGUUUGGAUAUACUCAGAUUAAGACGCCGGCGCAGAAUGUGGGUGUUUCCUGUGCCAUCUCAGCGGCCAGCAACAUCUACUACGGCACUAUAUAUGCAUAUACGCCCGAGAUCCUACCUGCAGCCCAUAGAGCUACGGGUUAUGCGAUUUGCGUGGUCUUGAACAGGGUGGGUGGUAUCGUCGGUGUCUUGGUUGGAAGUUACGCAAAUGUCGAGACCACCGCGCCUCUGUUCGUCUGUGGUGCGCUGUUCGGUCUGUUGAUUGUGCUGAGUCUGCUGCUCCCUUUUGAGACCCGUGGUAGGAGGACCGUGUGA